AACACAUUCCUCCUCCGGUGGUGAACCUCGGUGAUCCGGUGCUCUCGCACUCAUUCUUCUUCUCCCUCCUACCAUCUCCACCGUCCGAUCCCCGGAGGCAUAACCCCAACCACCACCACCACCUUUUCCCAAAUUUCACAAUCCUUUUCCAGGAUUUCAAUUCCCAAUCUCCCUCUCAGACUCAAAAACAAUUAUAAAAAAAUUAAACGAAUUCCCAUCCCAUCUCAUCGAAAUUGAAAUCCUUUUCACAACGCAUACAUACGUACAUUAUACAUUACAUAUACGAACGUACAUGUAUACGUAUAUUUUGUAUAGGCUUUGAGAAAUUGAGACUUAGGUUGAAGACAGAUGGGUGUGAUUUCAAGGCAAGUGUUCCCUGUUUGUGAAAGUCUCUGUUUCUUUUGCCCUGCAUUGCGUGCGAGAUCACGGCAUCCCGUCAAACGAUACAAGAAGCUGCUCGCCGAGAUAUUUCCUCGGUCUCCGGAUGAAGAACCAAAUGAUCGUAAGAUCAGUAAACUAUGUGAAUAUGCCUCAAAAACUCCUCUUCGUAUCCCAAAGAUCACAACUACUCUGGAGCAAAGGUGUUACAAGGAUUUGAGAACUGAGAACUUUCACUCUGUGAAAGUUGUUAUGUGUAUCUACCGGAAGUUGUUGGUCUCUUGUAAGGAGCAAAUGCCAUUGUUUGCAAGUAGCGUGCUUAGCAUUGUACAAAUUCUACUUGAUCAAUCACGGCAUGAUGAAAUACGUAUUUUAGGAUGCCAAACUCUUUUUGAGUUUGUGAAUAAUCAGAAGGAUGGUACAUACAUGUUUAACUUAGAUGGCAUGAUUCCAAAACUUUGUCUCUUAGCUCAAGAAAUGAGGGAGGAUGGGUCGGAAAAGCAUUUGCGUUCUGCUGGGCUUAAAACUCUUUCAUCAAUGGUCUGGUUCAUGGGUGAAUUCUCUCACAUUUCAUCAGAUUUUGAUAAUGUUGUUUCAGUUGUCUUGGAAAAUUAUGGAGGUCCAAAGAAUAAGUCAGAUGCUGGUAUACUUGAUAAUCAAGACACCCAGACUGAGAGUUUAGAAGAAGCUUCUUCUUCAGGAGAACCCAUGACAAGUAUUUUGUCUUGGAGGCUGCUAGUGAGUGAAAAAGGCGAAGUCAAUGUCUCAGGGGAGGACAUGAAUAACCCCAGAUUUUGGUCAAGGGUUUGCCUGCAUAACAUUGCCAAGUUAGCCAAGGAAGCUACAACCGUACGGCGUGUAUUAGAAUCUUUGUUCCGCUAUUUUGAUAAUGGCAAUCUCUGGUCUCCUAAACAUGGGCUCGCAUUGUGUGUCUUGAUGGAUAUGCAGUUAAUAAUUGAAAAUUGUGGGCAGAACAGGCACUUUAUAUUGUCCAUCUUAAUUAAGCAUCUUGAUCACAAGAAUGUUCUUAAAAACCCAAAUAUGCAGCUGGACAUUGUUGAUGUUGCCACCUCUCUUACUCGAGAAGCAAAGGUUCAGUCAUCAGUUGCUAUAAUUGGUGCAUUGAGUGAUAUGAUGAGACACCUGCGCAAAAGUAUACAUUGCUCACUUGAUGAUUCAAAUUUGGGGGCCGAAGUCAUUGAAUGGAACCAAAAUUUUCGAGCAGCAGUGGAUGAAUGCCUUGUGCAGUUAACACAUAAGGUAGGAGAUGCAGGUCCUGUUCUUGACAUGAUGGCUGUGAUGUUAGAAAAUAUGUCUAACAUUACUGUUAUGUCUAGAACCUUGAUUUCUGCUGUUUACCGUACUGGUCAAAUUGUGGCAACAAUACCUAAUUUGACAUAUCAAAACAAGACCUUUCCUGAGGCGUUAUUUCAUCAGUUACUCGUAGCUAUGGUCUGUGCAGACCAUGAAACCAGGGUGGGUGCACACCGUAUAUUUUCUGUCGUUCUUGUUCCAUCAUCUGUUUGCCCUCGUCCUUGUGCUGCUACUCCCCACACUGCAAAAAGAAAUGAUAUAGGAAGGACACUCUCAAGAACUGUGUCUGUAUUUUCUUCAUCAGCUGCACUCUUUGAAAAAUUAAACGAGCGAUCCACCUCACAAGAAAACAUUUGUCAAGAGAUGAAGGACAACGCUGUAAUUGAAGAAGAAUCAAAGGUUACUAAUGAAUCGAUGUUGAACAGAUUGAAGUCCAAAUUUAGCUCAAGAAGGCAUCAAUCAACUACUAGUGACUAUGUAGGUAAUGAGGAUUCUGCAAUCAAUUCUCAGUCUGUGAUGAACCGGUUGAAGUCAACUUACAGCCGAGCCUACAGUAUGAAAAGGAAUCCAUCAAAUACGACUGCUGAUGAAAAACCUAGGAGUAUUUCACAUAAAGAAUCGACAAUGUCACUUAGGUUAAGCAGUCGCCAGAUUACCCUUCUGCUUUCAUCAAUCUGGGUGCAAUCCAUCUCUCCUUUAAAUAUGCCUGAUAACUAUGAAGCAAUUGCUCAUACCUACAGCCUUGUGUUGCUAUAUGCCCGAACUAAGAACACCUCUGACGAGACUCUAAUCCGAAGUUUUCAGCUAGCCUUUUCCUUAAGGAGCAUAUCUCUUGGAGGAGGAUUGCAGCCAUCAAGGCGCAGAUCUCUCUUUACCUUGGCAACAUCAAUGAUCAUCUUCUCAGCUAAAGCCUACAACAUUGUUGCUCUUGCUCCUUGUGCUAAAGUAGCACUUACAAAUGAAACGGUUGAUCCAUUUCUACGGUUGGUUGACGAUUGCAAGUUGCAAGCUGUCAAUUCUGGACCUGACCAAGUAAGGCAAGUUUAUGGAUCAAAGGAAGAUAAUGAGGAUGCUGUAAGGUCACUUUCUGCCAUAGAAAUAUCUGAGAGCCAAUCUAAGGAAUCGUUUGCUACUAUGAUAGUGCAGACACUGGGAAAUUCACCAAAUGAGUCAUCAACUAUAAGACAGCAGUUGCUUAAUGAUUUUCUGCCUGAUGAUGCAUGUCCGUUGGGAACUCAGUUGUGCAUGGAAACACCCAUACAAAUUUACCAAUUUGGCAUAGAAGAUAAUGGAACUCGUGAUAUGGUUGAGCCCCCAUUAUUCACAAUUGAGGAUGAUGUCUUACCCAAUGCAACUGAAAGUCAAACAGAUCCUGACAAAAAACUUUCCAUGGAAAGUCUGAGCCUCAUAAGUGUUGAUGAGCUUUUAGAUUCGGUUUUGGAGACAACACAUCAAGUUGGAAGAUUAUCAGUCUCAACUGCUACAGAUAUGCCUUAUUUGGAAAUGGCUGGCCUUUGUGAGGCCCUUCAAAUGGGGAAGCAGCAGAGAUUCUCCGCUUUUGUGGCUGCCCAACUGAGACAAGAAAGUUUGAUGAGAUUUUCUCCUCAUGAUUGCAACCAGCAAAAGGAAACUCCCUCUGUUGUUCCGCUGGGUGCUCCGACGAGUGGAAAUCCAUUCCUUGAUUCAAAUGAUAUUUCACUCAACCAAUCUGUUGGCAACGGGCAAACGCUUUGGGCAACUGAAUACCAGCAUUAUCCCCGAUUUCAGCUACCUGCAUCAAGCCCGUAUGAUAACUUUUUAAAGGCUGCUGGUUGUUAAUGUGUAGAGAAAGAUUGGUAGUCCUUGUAAGAAUCGAGUGUUGCAUUGGAGCAAAGAAUCAGGCUUUAAGUUCAAUCCACCAAAAAGUCCAUGUCUGUCCGCUGUUGUUUUGUUCUAACAGCUAUCUUUGUAUCUUUGAAUCUGAAAUUUUGUGUUGUCUCUGAUUCAGCCUUCUUGUUUUAUGUUCAUAUCUCUUCAGCCGCCAUUCUUUUUUUCUUUAAUUUUGAUGGGGAAGUUUCAUUUUAUUAUGGGCUCCCUUUACAUAUUUUGAUAUUGUAAAGAUGUGCAUAGGUACCUUUCUUGAUCCAAUGAAAUUUUGCAAUGUAAGUGUC